UCUUAAAUAGAUUCUUAAAAUAAAUAUUUAUGUGUUCAACUUUUUAUCAUUACAUUAAAUAUGAUCAGAGCAGUGCCCUGUUCUAUAGAGCAACGAAACUGAUUUCUUUGUCAUAUUUGCAGAAGGAGAGGAGCGAUUUUGAACCCCAUUCAAAUAUUCAGAACGAUACUGAAAAAUUACAGAACUAUUGUUCAGAUGAAGAUCAAACUGGAAGUUUAGAAAGACACAUCAACACAGAUAGGGAAAAAGAAGUCUGGUCAUCCAAUUCGAAGAUUCAAACUGAGGCUGCAGACAAACCUUAUAAAUGUGAUAUGUGUGGAAAGGCAUUCAACUGGCCAGGAAAACUACAGAUGCACAUGAGAACACAUACUGGUGAAAAACCUUAUAAAUGUGAUGUUUGCGGGAAGGCAUAUAAACAGACAAAUCACCUACAGGAUCACAUGAGGACACAUACAGGUGAUAAACCUUAUAUAUGUGACAUGUGUGGGAAAUCAUUCACUCGGAUUAAAUAGUUUACAGAGGCACAUGAAGACACAUACAGGUGAUAAACCUUAUAAAUGUGAUGUGUGUGGGAAGGCAUUCAGCCAAUCAUGUCACUUACAGGCACACAUGAGGACACAUACUGGUGAUAAGCCGUAUAAAUGUGAUGUGUGUGGGAAAGCAUUCAGUCAGUCACAACACUUACAGAAACACAUGAGGACACAUACUGGUGAUAAACUUUAUAAAUGUGAUGUGUGUGGGAAAGCAUUCAGUCAGUCACAACACUUACAGAAACACAUUAGGACACAUACUGGUGAUAAACCUUAUAAAUGUGAUGUGUGUGGGAAAGCAUUCAGUCAGUCACACCACUUACAGAAACACAUGAGGACACAUACUGGUGAUAAACCUUAUAAAUGUGAUGUGUGUGGGAAAGCAUUCAGUCAGUCACAACACUUACAGAAACACAUGAGGACACAUACUGGUGAUAAACCUUAUAAAUGUGAUGUGUGUGGGAAAGCAUUCAGCUUCUCACAGAACUUACAGAGUCAAAUGAGGAUACAUACUGGUGAUAAGCCUUAUAAAUGUGAUGUGUGUGUGGGAAGUCAUUCAUCCUAUCGCAGAACUUACAGACUCAUAUGAGGACAAUCUGUAUACGAGGGUCAUUCAAAAAGUUCAUAGACUUUCGUCUUAACUUUUUUAUUUAACAUCAUAUUA